AUGAAGGUGAUGAAGUCGAAAGUGACAGAUCAAUCUGCCGAAGGGCAGAAGGUCAAGAAAUUCAGAUCAAAAGUCCCCGGAGUUAUGAUCACGCAGUAUGUGGAGGAAAUACCAGAGGGGAAAAGCCACCCUGACUUCACACGCAAGCCCAUCGCAUUAACUAUUCAGGAGGGCAAGUUCGGGGUGUUCAAAGCCAUUGUGUAUGGUGAACCUACACCCAACGUGACAUGGAACCGAGCAAAUGGAAAGAUAGACGAUCCAGUGAAGUUCCAGAGCAAGUAUGACGAGUCGUCUGGUGAACACACCCUAGAGAUCCCCAAAGUAUCUGCAGAAGAUGCCGACACCUACAAAUGCUUUGCAACAAAUGAGUAUGGAAAGGCUGUUUGCACUAUCCAGCUGAAUGUCAUUGAAGUUGGAUUCAAAAAGACGAAGGAAUUAGCCAAGUCCAAAGAAGAACAAGAAGCACUCAAACCUGGGUCUUUUAGAACAAUGUUGAAGAAGCGCUCUCUGAUUGAAAAGGAUGUCCAUGAGCAAAAGCCACUCGAAUCUGAAGAGAAAGUUUGGGAGAUCCUGAUGAGUGCCGACAAGAAAGAUUAUGAACAAAUCUGUGCUGAGUACGGCAUCACUAAUUUUCGUGGGAUGCUGACAAAACUGGCUGAACUGAAAAAGGAGAGAGAGGUUGAACAGGCACAGUUUAUUGAACAUAUCAGUUCGCUCAAACACAUCGAAGUCAAUUCUGAUGAAAAUGCAACGUUUGAAAUUGACAUGGAUCUUAAAGAUGCCAGCAGCAGAAUUUUCCUCUACAAGGAUGGUGUUAUGGUUCCUUACACCGUUGAGAUGGAAGAAGAAAUGAAGCACCAACUGAAACGAGUUGGCAAAAAAUUCAUUUUCACGAUCAAAAAUCUAAACCCGGAAGAUGCUGGUCUCUAUUCAGUGGAUGUAGAGGGAGUUAAUAUCUUCUCUACGGAUUUCAAAAUUCCACCUGUAAAUUUUGCGGUCAAAAUUCAGGAGGUGAAGGCAGAAGAAAGACAAGAUGCCAUCUUUCAGUGUGUCUUAACGGCACCUAUGGCUGAGAUUAAUUGGAUGGGCAAGAGUGCCCCGAUAGAAAAUGAUGACAAAUUUGAAAUCACAGUGUCUGAAGAUAAGCUCAUCCACAAGUUGUUAGUGAAGGAUUGUCAGCCUUUGGACGCUGGUAUCUACGCAGCUGUGGCAGGUAUCCAUUCCUGCAAUGCCUGGCUUGUGGUGGAAGUUGACAAGAACCCUGCGAACAAAGGCAAGAAGAUAGCUCGCAAAACAACCCAGGCUGGAGGAGGUGAUUUGGAUCUGGAGAAAAUAGCAAAGGAGCAGGCGGAAAAACACAAGAAAGACAUGGAAGAGAGGUUGGCGGAAGCAAAGAUAAAGGCUGCCGAGAGAGGCGUCACUGACGCAGCCACCCAGGCUGAGAAAGAGGCCGCUGAUGCAGCCAGCAAAGCCGCCAGAGAGGCAGCAAGGGCUGCGGAAGCUAAGGCUAAGGCUAAGGCAGAGAAAAAAGCUGCUAAAUUAAAAGAUGCUAAGGAGAAAGCAAAGGCAAAGAAGAAAGCCUCAGGUGGUGGAGCUGCAGGAGGUGGGGCUGCAGGUGCAGGAGCUGCAGGUGCUGGGGCUGCAGGUGCUGGUGCUGCAGGUGCUGGGGCUGCAGGUGUUGGAUCUGCAGGUGUUGGGACUGCAGGUGGUGGGGCUGCAGGUGUUGGGGCUGCAGGUGGUGGGGCUGCAGGUGUUGGGGCUGCAGGUGGUGGUGCUGCAGGUGGUGGUGCUGCAGGUGGUGGUGCUGCAGGUGGUGGGGCUGCAGGUGGUGGAGCUGCAGGGGCUGAGGGAGAUGCUGGAUCUGGAUCGGAAUACGAUGACAUAGUAGUUAGCACAGAUGAGUCUGAUGAGGAAGAUGGAGCCACAAAAACAAAGCGCGUGAGAAGCGGACAAGCUGUUCCAGACACGUUCAUAGGAAAGACAAAUAGUAAUGGCACAGCCAAAGAUGCCAAAGUCCAAAAAAGAAAGGCAAAGAGCGGAGGUGGUGCUGCAAACGGUGCUGCGUCUGCCAACAAUGGUGAGGCUGCAAGUGGCGAUGAGGCUUCAAGUGCCGAUGAGGCCAACGAGCCAGCAGAAGCUGCUAAGCGUGGCAAGCGCACAGGCCGCACAAGGCCAGGCCCAAUUCUUCAGGAGACGGUCAUUGACCCUGGCGUUCACUUCAACCUUGGGCUUUCUGACGUCAACGCCAUAGUGGGAGACCCAGCUGAACUUGUCUGUAAGCUGAGCAAGGAAAAUGUUGAUGGGGUAUGGUACCUGAAUGGAGAGGAGAUUCAACCCGAUGAUGUUCUUACCAUGUCUAAAGAUGGAUUCUUCCAAUCCCUGAAAAUCAGCAAAAUCUCAGAGGACUAUGCUGGAAAAUACAAAUUUGAGGCAGAUGGGCGUAAAACAGAGGCCAUGAUUGUUGUUGAAGAUCCACCUAGAUUCGACACAGAGGAAUUGAAAAAGUUUACUGUCCCAAUCAUUACUAAAAAAGGUCAAAAAGCCACUUUCAAGAUACCAUUUGUGGGUCGGGAUCCAAUGAAGAUCCAAUGGUACCAUGACGGCGAGGAGCUAUCAGACGACACAAACAUCAAGAUAGAGCAUGGAGAUGGUUAUAGUCAACUAACUCUUAACAAGUUACAGCGCAAAGACACUGGAGAAAUCAAGUUCAAACUCAAAAAUGAGUUUGGAACUGUUGAGGCCUUUGCGAAGAUCAUUGUAACUGACAAGCCCACCCCUCCCUUGGGACCUCUGGAGAUUAUUGAAGCCUCUCAAAAUGCCAUUGAGGUGAAGUGGAGGUCCCCAAAGGAUGAUGGUGGCUGUAAGAUACUAAACUACAUCCUGGAACGUCAACAGGUAGGCCGCAACACCUGGAAGAAGCUGGGUCCGAUCGGUCCAGAGGCCCACUACAAGGACAGUGAUGUGGACCAUGGCAGGAGGUACUGUUACAAAAUCAGGGCCGACACUGAGAUGGGCAGCAGUGAGUUGAUGGAGACAGAGGAUGUCCAGGCUGGCACAAAAGCAUACGCUGGACCCCCUUCUGCACCCAAAGUGGUCAGUGCCUUCAAGGACUGUAUCACUCUGACAUGGAAUCCCCCUUCCAACACCGGAGGAACCAACAUUAUGGGAUAUAACAUGGAGAAACGCAAGAAGGGAAGCAAUCUUUGGAGCCCUGUCAAUCCUGCAGAUGAUAAGAUUAAAGAGAAGGAGUUUGGUGUGAAGGACGUGAUAGAGGGUAUGGAAUACGAAUUCCGUGUGGCAGCUAUCAACAACUCUGGAGCUGGUGAAUUUGGCACUCCAUCUGAGUUUGUGUUUGCCAGGGAUCCUAAAAAGCCCCCCGGUAAAGUCAUUGACCUGAAGGUGACAGACUCCACCUACACCACCUUGUCCCUGGGUUGGACUAAACCAAGGGAGAAAGCGGGGGUUGAGGAUGAAGCCAAGGGAUUCUUUGUGGAGAUUAGACCAGCAGAAAGUCCAGAGUGGGACCGCUGUAACAAUAACCCCAGCACCAUGACCUCCUUCACAGUGAAAGGCAUGAAGUCAAUGGCAAUGUACUGGGUGAGAGUGAUCGCCACCAAUGACGGGGGAGAAGGGGAGCCGCAAGAGCUGGACAACUACAUCCUGGCUAUGCCUCCCCCUGUCAGGCCUAGAUUCACUGAUCAAAAAGUCAAGAGUUUCAUGGUGGUACAAGCAGGGAAUUCUGCACGAUUCAACAUGAACUUUGAGGCCUCCCCUUGGCCAGAUGUUACCUGGAUGAAGGAUGGCAUGCCUGUGUCCAAACGGGUUACCAUCAGUAAUGCUGAAGGCGCAUCCCAACUUUUGAUUCCUUCUUCAGAGCGCUCAGAUACAGGAAUCUAUACCAUUAUGGUCAAGAAUAUCGUUGGCCAGGAGACAUUCAGCAUUGAGAUCAGAGUUACAGACGAGCCCAAACCUCCAGGUCCUGUGGAGGUAGAUGAGAACGUACCGGGCACAGUUACCAUCUCCUGGUCACCAUCUCCUGAUGAGAAGAGGGAUGACAGGCUGCACUACCUGGUGUCAAAACGUGACUCAAGCAAGAGAACAUGGCACACAGUGGCAGACCACAUCUUUAACAACAAGUUCACAGCCUGUAACAUCAUGCCUGGCAGAGAGUACCAGUUUCGUGUCUAUGCCAAGAAUGACAUGGGCUCUUCUCAACCCUCAGAAUCACCAAAGUGGGAAAUCACAGGCAAAAAAGGUUUGUUUGUGCUGGACAGGCCAGAGACUAAGACCUGCAACCUAGAGCGUCCUCCCAAGUUUCUUGUCCCGUUGAAAAUGCACACCGCACCACAAGGUUAUGAGUGCUACAUGAGCUGUGCUGUCAGAGGGGACCCAACACCCCAUGUCACAUGGUACCGUAAUAAUAUCAGCCUCAACACCAACACCAACUACCUAAUCUCCAACACCUGUGGGGUCUGCUCCAUGCUCAUACUGAGGGUUGGACCCAAGGACACUGGAGAGUACAAAAUCAUCGCAGAGAACAACCUGGGCAGGGCAGAGUGUUCCACUAAGCUCACUGUCUCAGAUUAG